AGCCCCACUCCUGCAUGCCAGCACAAAAAGCUUUGUUGCUUGUAGAUUGUUUGUUUAUGUAAAUUGACAUGGUGCAUUUUAUUAUGCAACGGGGAAAGGCUCUAAGUGACAAGAAAAGUGCUGAUUGGACAAGCCUCUUGGAAAGGGACCUCUGACAAAGCCAAGGCAAAUCCUGACAUUAUUCCCUGCUUGGCUGCAACAACUUCAGGAGGACGGAAAGCUUGUUGACUCUUCAAUAUAUCUAUCUAUUUGGUGGGGGAGGGAUAGUGGUGGAUGGUUUGAUUUCUGCAGCGAUUCUGGGAUACCAGAUCAUCUCUGGACACAUAUCCACAAGGAACCUCUUGGAUACUGCAGGAACCAUGACAGAAGAUGUCCAGGUUCCAACCAGCAUGUCUGAAUAUAAUCGGAACGUGCCCUCUGAAAAACCUCAGCUCCAGGUCAUUGAUAUUAUUGAUCAAAUUGCAAAUUCUGUCGAGAUAUUUCCUUACGAAACCGCAGAGCCUAUUCCCGGUUCCCCACUUGCACAAGGAAACCGAGAAGGAGGAGGCAAACAUUUAGCAAAGAGCACAGCAUACGAAGUUUCAGUUGGGUUAAAGGAACUUCAAGGAGAGCCAGAGGGAAACAAGGAGAGAGAAACUGACAUCUUUUCCCAGGAGACAAGAAGCUGGGAAGAAGAAUCCAGAGAAGGCUUUUGCGAGGAGAAGCAUCCUGUGAGCACUAUAGACCAUAAAGUAGCUAAGAUGGAAGAAAGAAAGAUGGAGGAACCCCAGACUGAAGAAGUCUACAGCAGUAAUGAGGUGGUGGAGGAGGAGAAACAGGAAGAGGCGGAGCUGAGUGAACCCAAGGAGCCAAUGAAAGAGGAAACGCAACUAGAAGAAAAUGAAACCAUGGCAGAGGAAGAUUUCGAUGGCACUGAAGAAAUAAUGCAGAAGGAAAGCAAUGAGGAUAAACAUAAAAAGAGGCUGGAGAGCGGCAGCAAGGAUUUCCUUUCUGCCAGUGCCAGCUGUAACUCUCAGACUGAGAAACCUGCUGAGCAGCUGAGCUUGGUGAAGAAAAAUGAUAUCUCCAGGCACAGUUAUUCUCGAUACAAUACAAUAUCUUACCGGAAGAUCCGGAAAGGAAACACUAAACAGAGAAUUGAUGAAUUUGAGUCCAUGAUGCAUUCAUAAAACUGAGGCAGAGGAUUUGAUGGGCAUGCUGUGAUUCUCCUCCCCUCCCCAAUGCCAGACAUUUAUCCACCUGUAAUAUCAAGUUAUCAAAAUAUAUUUUGCAGCUUCGAUCCAACCUAAGCUUACCUGUAAUCUAAGGCUACAACCCUAUGCACCCUUUCUGUUUGGGAACAAGCUCUAUUGAUCACAUUUACUUCCAGAUAGAUAUGCAUAGGAUGGGACUGCAUGGCUGCAGGCUUAUGCAUUGUUAUCUGGGAGUACUGUCUGUUGGACUAUUAGGGGACUUGCUUCUGAGUACAUAGCAUGUGGAUACACUUGGACUGGAAGUCUCCUUGAAACUAACAGAACAAGUUAGUCAUGACUAACUUCACUCCUACUGCUUUUGGUGGGACUGAUGCAUGUCUGCUCAAAAAUAAGUCCCAUUGAGUUCAACUGGACUUAAUCCCGCAAGUGUGUCUAGGAUUGCAGUCAUAAAUUAUAACUAACUUUCAUUGGACUGGGGCUAGUAUGUGCAAUUUGUCUGCACCUCAGAAAUGUAACCACAACAAUACAUGUACUAACUUAAAUCAGCAGUGUAAUGACUUUAACAUAGCUCAAUCAAAAAAGGUCUUUUAGAGAUAGUUUUCCAUCCCCCCUAUCCAUUUUUGGUACUGAAAUGGAAGAAACAGCUAGGGGACGCCAACCUUUGGCAGCCAGCAGGCACAUUUUGAACACUGAAAGAGUGUUGCGGGCACCAGUCAUAAAAUGGCUGCCGUGGGGUCAUGGCAUAACUCAAAACUGCUGCUAUAAGGGCAUGUCUUCCACAUCUAAAAGAGAAGAAAUUAGACAGGACCACAAAAUGGUGUGAGCUCCUCCUCACAGCUGUGGGGUGGGGAAGGCACAUCAGCCACUGUUACACUCACAGAGAGAAGCUCUUUGCAAUUCUCCUCAGUUCAGAACAGGUGGGAGGAUGGGUGUCAAUUGCUGGCAUCCAGUGAAAUGUGGAGACAUGUUUAAGAGGGUGUGUUCAACGUGAGCUAGUGCAAACAGGAACUGAGCAGGGAGAAGAAACAUUUUUGAGGGGAUAUUUAUUAAGACUUUUUGUGGGUGCCAUAGGACACACCGCCACAACAUGGGCAUAACAUUGGUGACCUUUUAGAUAGCCCUGGACUAAUUUGUAAUCUCUUUAAAACACACACACAGAAUAAUCAAGAUGGUUCUCCAUUCUGGUGAUUUCCUGACAAAUAGAGUAGACUUGAGGAUACCGUUACAAGAAUAAAGUUAUAACUCGUUGCAAUUGCUAUGAUCUCUGUUUUUAAAGGGUUCUGUGAGCAUGAACUACACCACCUUUGAAACCCACUUCCUGUCUGUUUUCCUAUCCUAUCAUUCUGUGUUGAGAGAAAAUAACGGCAUACAUUUGCACCAGCUAGUUGUAUUAGUCUUACAUUAUGGGCAUUGACAAAAUGAGUCCAGGAGCUACUUUAAAACUAAGGUGGCAAUCCUUUUCACAUUUUCUUGGGAGAAAACCCCACUGAACAUGGUGAAUCCUCUGCAGAGCUUUGGUAGCCAGUGUUGGAACUGUUAGCAACAUAUGCACUGUUAAUAAAAAGGCUGAAACACUGUUUUACAUUUCAAAAACUUGAAAUCCAGACUAGAACCAGAUUUACCCAUCUCACAAAUAAAUAACUGUAUGUCCACUAUUCUCACAAAACUAGUUCUCACAAUUUUGUCUGCCAAAUAUUGUUCCAUCACAUUCCAGUCAGCAACUGAGAACAUCAACACUGCAUACUAGUAUCAAUUAAUACACAGACUGAAAUGUUAACAUCAUAUUUGUAAAUGACUACAGUAUUAAAAUAUAUGUACUUCAGCUAUUAACAUUCUUUGGUUGAUAUAUUGUUAUAACUUUUUUUAAAAAAACCAGAUUGGGUAUAAACUGUGUGUGUGUGUGUGUGUGUGUGUGUGUGUGUGUGAGAGAGAGAGAGAGAGAGAUUGUGCGAUUCAAAAUGAGAAUAGGUUUGCCUUCCUUUUUCUUCCUCCCCCAAUCUGUAUAUUUUAGCUAGUAUAAUGAAAGGCAACUGAAAACCCUUUAAAAUCCCAUUGAAGUUCAUUUCUAACCAGUAAAAGAGGAAGAAAAUUUGCAUAUCCAAAUUGUUGCAGAUGAUACUGUUUAAUGAACCAGCUCUUGUUAGAGCAGAUAGCAACUUUUCCAGUAGCAACAGAGUUCCUCAAUAAGAGGGGGGAAAUUAAUAGAAUUGGCACAAAUAAAAGGGCUUUCAUGUUUAACAGAUGGCCUGAAUAAAAAAAAGUAAGAGUCCACUCCUGAGAAAUGUUAAGUGGGGGAACUAACCUUAAGGGAAGCACCUCAGGUGAAUAAACAGGCUGAGGUGAAAUUAGAGGCUAUUAUAAUGCUUAUGAAGACAGUUUCUCAAUUUCAAAUGCUUUGAGAAACCAAGAAUUAUGAGACUUUUCGUUUCCACAUUCAUCUUCUGAAACAGAUUCUCUUAUUGGAUUCACACGACCAUUCUG